AAUUCCUUCCUCCACUACAGAUGCCACAGUACAUGGUGCGUGCACCAUGUGCUGCCACUAGCGGAUGACCGAUGAUAAGUGGUGUGUUUUGAGCCGGCGUGGUGUGUUGUUUCAUUUAGUCGUGCUUAAUUGUAAAUAAAUUAGUGCCGUGAUCAGAAGUGAUCGUGUUGGAGUUGGUGGCCGUUUGCACGUACUCUCUGCGUCGUCAUCAAGGCCUUGGGGCAUUUUGCUGCCACAAGUUGAGAAGCUCCAACACAAGUCGAGCCACCAUGAAGGCAGUCGUGUUGCUCUUACUGCUUGGGCUGCUGACAGGAGCUACUGCAGCUCAUGUUACGGAAGAGGACAAUGAGUUUGCAGAGUUUGAGGAAUUCGACGAGGAGGAGGUGCCGCCGACACCUCAGCGGUCUGAUGCUCCCCAGCCAGCGGCAGCAGAUGACGAGGAAGAAGCUCAAGUUGAGGAGGAAGAGGAGUUUGACCACUUCCAGGACGAGGAGGAAUUCGAGGGCCUCGAUCAGGAGCGCCAACCCAGCCGGCCCCAGGGCGACAAGCCACACUUGACCAUUGCCAAGGUCCCGCUGCACCUUCGGAGCAACUGGGAAAGCUUCUACCUGGAGCUGCUGAUGCUGGCAGGCUUGGCUGUUUACUUUGGCAACUUCUUGGCUGGCCGUAGCAAAAACCACCGACUGGCCACUGCCUGGUUCCAGAGCCACCGGCAGCUACUGCUCGACAACUUUGCCCUUGUGGGGGACGAUGGUCGUAAGGAACUGUCUCCGGACGAGGUUGAGGCAGGGGGCCUUGUCAAGGACUCCGAGAGUGUCUACACGCUCUGGUGCAGCGGGCGGCUGUGUGUCGAGGGCAUGCUGGUGGAGCUGCGCCUGCUCAAGCGACAAGACUUGCUCAGCCUGAUGGCACACAUGGUGCGACCAUCAGCUGACCAGCUGGUGAUCCGGGUGACGAUGAGCCCACAGUUCAUGGAUGGCUUUGUUAUGUGCUUGGCAACAAAGAAGACAGCUGCCCGGCUGCACAAGACCAUGGCUGACCUCAGUACCUAUUGCCCAGAGAAGAAACGCCCUGACAAGUAUGGCCUCCCAGGAAACUUCACCGUCCUCUCGGAAAUGGGCGAGGUGGCAAAUGCCAUGUUGGACCAAAAGGUGCUGUCAGUGAUCAAGCGCUACGAAGAGAGCAUCGAUUACAUCCACAUGUCGGACCAGUAUUCAGGGCCUCGGCUGCAGGAGGACACCCAGCCCACCAAGUUGCCCGAAGUCAAGAAAGUUCUCCUGUUUGGAUUUAAUGUUCCUGGCUUGGGUCGAGUGUCGGUCGAAGCCGUGGAAGGAAUGAAGCCACUCCUGCAGCUGGUUUUCUACUGCAUUGACAAAGUGCGCCGCUUCAAGCUCAGCAAAGAGGCUAAACAGAAGAGUGACCGCAACCGACUUAAGGUGGAGGAGGAGUUUUUGAAAACGACGCACGCGCAGCGGCAGGAGGCAGCACAGCUCAAGCGCGAGGAGCGUCGUCGUGUUGAGAAAGAGCGCAUCAUGAACGAAGAGGACCCAGACAAGCAACGCAAGUGGGAGAAAGAGAGAACUUUGUGUCAUGUUCGAAAGGAGCGAGAGCAUCGGCGAGAGCUCAAGCGUCGUACACCCAAGAUGAAACAGCUCAAAGUGAAGACGCUCUGAACUGUUGUGUGUGCCUGUGUAGGUUUGUGUGUGUGCGUGUGCUUCCAAAGCAUCAAGUCAAGGCAGGCCUGAGGCAGCAAAGCAUGUCCGUUGUGUGGUGGCUGGUGUGAUCCUCCAAGUGGUCAACAGGGAUAGUGAAUGACACACGGGACUGUGCCGUGCAUGGAAGGCCCUAUCCAGAUGAAUUUAUAUGUUAUAACAUGUACAGGGAGCCGGGCUUAGAGAAACCCUCAGAAAUGAUAUUGAUGUACUUGAAACACUUAUGUCAAUCAUACGAGCCUCGAUCCUGAAACAGCAUUAAAAAUCAUACACUGGCAUAAAGGCCUUUCCACCAGUCAUAGAAAGGAAUUCAUAGACAUUCACAGACAUAUUUCAGUUGCCCUUGUGGUGGACCUUUCUCUGUCAUCCUGUUUUUUCAAGGUACCCCACUGACUUCAUUCAGUAAACAAAUAGCACAAGUAUGGCUCAGUUUAUGUUGAUGUCUCUUUUGACACUGAUGGCAUGUAGAUAAUGACGUCGAAGCUAUUGGAUGUAGUGGUUGAGCAGCAUGCAGUGCGUGUCUCCAUGCCAGUGACAUAGAUAAGCUCUUUCCAUUGUUUGAACAAUCUUAGCUAUUUGUCUUGUUGGUUGGUAUAUGCCAUAAGUGACUCUAUCCCCUUUUGUAGCGAGUGGUACAGAGACUUUCAAUAUUGUCUGCAAAGAGCUGUUGUUCAACUUCUGGGACAUGAUCACUCAGUAAAAGUUUUACCUGUCUCCUUCAGAAUUGUGUAUUAGGUACAAAUGACGCUGUUUUCGAAAUCUCUCCAGGGUGUGGACAUUAUGUUGACGUAUGAUGCUUUGUCUCGUCAUUUUCCUUACAGGUAUGUCUUUCAGAUUCCACUGUCAAACCAAUAAUGUGUGAAUAGGUUGACUGGUAUGCAUUAAUGCUUCACUUGUCGUUUUUUUUCCUGGUAUAACUUCAGAAGUAAUCAUAGUGCAAAUUAGGAAUUUCUCUCCUUUUGCCAUUGAAUAUUGUAUACCACGAGCACAAUGGGGUCUCAAUGAAUCAGUCUUGAGGAGAGCCCAGGGUUUUGCUUGAAUUAUCAGAAGUUCUCAUAAAUGUGACUCGCAGCGACAUGCAAAUUUAUGGUGUAUUGUUUAUUGUUUCUCGGCAGUGGGAACUAUACAGGAAGCUCAGCAUGAUUGUCAUCGAAUUUUUUAUAUGUCUUCAAUUAUACUGGUACAGCUUUUCUUGGGCUAUACCAGUAUGUACUAGUAGCCAGCUCCUCACCCUUUGACUCCGGAAAGGACACAAAGUUGUCUCUCUCUCUUGCAGCAAUUGCACUGGUGCAUAUGCAUGUGUGUAAUAGGGAGCUAGAGAAGCGUAUGGUGGCGCUGAGACUCUGGACAGGCAGGGCCAUCUUUGGUGGAAAAGUAGAAAUCGGGGAUGCAUUUCUGGCGUUUUUUCUUCCCGCCAACACGCUGCCGCUCGAUAACGAGCUCGUGCAGAGCGCGCGCAGUGCGUUUGAGUCACUUCGCAUUGCACCGCCUGCAGUGCGGCUUCAAAAAGACCUCCGAGGUGGACGAGCAUUUCCAAAAAGUGAAUUUAACAAAAAAUGAGUAAAGCUCGUUAGUCAAUGUGGAGCAGACGAUAGAAUACGAGAAGAAUACACUGCGGAAUGCAUUUCUCCGGUCCGUGACAAUACCGUGUACGACGUAUGCCUCGAGGUAAGUAUCAUUUUGUGAGCAUGAAGCCGCGAACUCUAUAGAUGUGCUGCAUUGACAUUUAUGAAAAUCAUGUAAUUGUUGUUUUGAUGUGGUAUCUAGCGGUAGCAGCUGUCUACUGUGAUGUACAAUCGUUUGGGGCAUGCCAAAAAGUUAAUAAAAACUAACCUAAACGGCCA